ACACGAGCAAGACAUGUGCCACAACCCGUCGAUCGGCCGACGACGACUACCUCGCGUCGACGCUGCGACCAAACGAGAUGGCAACGCUCCAAAUGCUCCAGAUUGACGCCGACGCCAUCGUUCUCUGCGGCACCAAGCCACUCGCGUCUGGUGCGUACGGCGACGUCUGGCGCGGGAUCUACGCCCACACCACGGUCGCUCUCAAGCGCGUCAAGCACCCCUCGCCCACCUCCGUCCACGCGUUUAUCCACGAAAUUCUGCUCCUCCACACGCUCGAGAGCCCGUACAUUGUCCGUUUGCUGGGCGUGCGCUGGCGCCGCCUCAUGGACAUGGAGGCCAUCGUCGAGUACUGCGACCUCGGCGACCUGCGCAGCUUCCUCGCCGCGUCGACUGUGGACAAUGUGUCGUGGGCGACGAAGGCGUUGAUCCUCGAGAACGUCGUGUACGGGCUCGUCUUUUUGCACACGUUUGAGCCCGUGAUCAUCCACCGCGAUCUCAAGUCGCGCAAUGUGCUCUUGGAUUCCAAGACUGGCACGAAACUCAGCGACUUUGGCACGUCCCGCAUCCUCGACGACCAAAAGACGCUCACGAACGGCAUUGGCACGUUCCAGUGGAUGGCGCCCGAGGUCAUUCUUGGCACCGAGUAUACGGUGGCCGCCGACAUUUACUCGUUUGGUGUCAUCUUGUCCGAAAUGAGUACGCACGAGGUUCCCUACAGCGACGCGCUCAAUGCGUCGUCCGGCCGAGCGCUGAGUCAGCAAGCCAUUUUGUCCAAAGUCGCAUCCGGUGCACUGCGACCCACGUUUGCGGCGGCGGCACCACCAUGGCUGCUGGACGUCGGCACGCGAUGCUUGUCGCUCGACCCGACGCAGCGACCGACGACGCUCGAGCUGACCGUGCUGGUCCGCAACUUUGUCCUAGCUGUCGCCGAGCACGAUAGGUGCGAGUGAUGAGUAGUGUAAUUUGAUAGAAACCACGAUCGUGACUGUUGUCGUACGGGU